AUGGGCAUGAGUAGUUUCCUAAGAAUUAAUGUAUUGCUCAUGAUCAUACUUUUUGUUGGAUUGUAUUUAUGUGAUAAACCCACCACCACCACAACAGAUAUUCUUCUAGACAAGAUUACUUAUUGUUUAUCCCAUGAAAACAUCAGUAAUUUCACUGUAUAUCCUUAUAAAAUGGACAGUGAUUCCCCACUAGUUUACUUUAAGCUACUUAACUUCUCCAUUCAGAAUCUCCGUUAUGCUGAACCAACAGUCCCAAAGCCCAUUGCCAUCAUUUUGCCAGAGACUAAAGAGCAGCUAAUCGACACUUUUCUGUGCUGCAGAAGAUCAUCAUCAUCCUCCUCCUCCUUGGAAAUCAGAGUAAGGAGCGGUGGCCAUGGCUACGAAGGAACGUCUUCUUCGGUGGCCACUACUGAUGGAACUCCUUUUGUCAUUAUUGACUUGAUGAAUCUAAACCGUGUUUCUGUUGACCUGGAAUCCGAAACCGCUUGGGUGGAAGGGGGUGCAACACUAGGAGAGACGUACAGUGCAAUUGCUAAAUCAAGCAAGGUUCAUGGGUUCUCGGCUGGGUCGUGCCCAACUGUAGGGAUCGGAGGCCACAUUGCCGGCGGUGGAUUUGGUCUUUUGUCCCGGAAAUACGGAGUUGCAGCCGAUAAUGUGGUGGACGCAAUUCUUGUGGAUGCAGAUGGACGAUUGUUGAACCGACAAGGGAUGGGAGAAGAUGUGUUUUGGGCCAUCCGUGGUGGGGGUGGAGGUAUUUGGGGGAUUGUUCACGCAUGGAAGAUCAAAUUAUCGAGAGUACCAGAAACUGUAACAGGUUUUAUUGUGUCUAGGCCUGACACAAAACGUAACGUGGCCAAGCUGGUGCACAAGUGGCAAUUCGUUGCACCCAACUUACAUCAUGGCUUCUACUUAUCUGUUUUUGUGGGUGCUAAUCUGCCGGAAACCAACAAAACCAUCGCAAUAUCAGCCACGUUUAAAGGGUUCUAUCUAGGCCCAAGAAGCAAAGCUGUGUCCAUCCUCAACCGAGUCUUUCCUGAGUUGGGUAUCAAGGAGGAAGAUUGCAAGGAAAUGAGUUGGAUUGAGUCCAUUCUUUUCUUCUCUGGAUUAUUAUUGCCGGCUGACGUCGACCAUGAUUCUUCUACCACCACUACUGGUAUUGACCUAUUGAAGGAUCGUUAUUUGCAUGACAAAGGGUAUUUCAAGGCCAAAUCAGACUACGUGAGAGUCCCCAUAUCCAUUAGUGGAAUAAGGGUUGCACUUGACAUACUUGAUGAGGAACCAAAAGGGUAUGUUAUUUGGGACCCUUAUGGGGGAGUUAUGCAAAAUAUAAGCUGUGAAUCCAUUCCCUUUCCUCAUAGAAAUGGUAACCUUUUCAACAUUCAGUACCUUGUGGCUUGGGGAGAAGAAGAAGAAGAUAAUUCCAAUAAAAGCAGCAGACAGUAUAUGGAUUGGAUAAGAAGAUUGUAUCAUUCAAUGACGCCCUAUGUUUCGGCCGGACCCAGAGCAGCUUAUGUCAACUACAUGGACCUGGACCUUGGAGUGAUGGAGGAUGAGACGUUGCUAAUUAAUACUACCACUACUUCUCCAAGUGUGGAUGCUGUGGAGAUGGCUAGGGUUUGGGGUGAGAAGUAUUUCUUAAAUAACUACGAUAGAUUAGUUAGAGCCAAGACACUUAUCGAUCCACACAACAUUUUCAAGCAUCAACAAGGCAUUCCUCCAUUGUCCUCCUCUCUUGUUAGUAGUGUAAGGGCAGAGGUUUGA